CCCAGUCCCACUCUUGCUUCUUUCUCAUUCCUUUUCUUUCCUGAAAGAAAUUGAUAAUGUAAACUUAGAGAAAAGAAAGAAAGAAAAAAGCUACUCAAAACUUGACUUUAAAUCUUUUGAGGCACAAAAAGUCCCAUACAAUGGCUUCGUCUAGAGCUCUCUUCCUCUUUUUUGUCAACAUUUCCUUGUUUCUCACCUUCUCUUCAGCCGCGGAUCCAUUCGUUCCCUACGACUUUGAGGUCUCUUACAUCACUGCCUCUCCUCUUGGAGUUCCUCAGCAGGUCAUUGCUAUUAACGACAAGUUUCCAGGUCCUACUAUCAAUGUAACCACAAACAACAACGUUGUUGUCAAUGUUCGAAACAAAUUGGACGAGAGCCUUCUCAUUCAUUGGUCUGGGAUUCAACAACGGAGGAGUUCGUGGCAGGAUGGUGUUCUUGGCACAAAUUGUCCCAUUCCUUCUAAAUGGAACUGGACUUACCAGUUUCAGGUCAAGGAUCAGAUUGGAAGCUUUUUCUACUUUCCUUCACUUCAUAUGCAAAGAGCAUCUGGUGGAUUUGGGGGUUUCAUCAUUAACCCCCGCUCCAUCAUUCCUAUCCCUUUUGAUACCCCAUAUGGGGAUAUUGUCAUUCUAAUUGGUGAUUGGUACACGCGCAAUCAUACGGCUUUGAGGAAGGACCUCGAUGCCGGAAAAGAUCUUGGCAUGCCGGAUGGUGUUCUCAUCAACGGGAAAGGCCCUUAUAAAUACAACGAUACACUGGUUCCUGAUGGCAUUGAUUAUGAACAAAUUGAUGUCCAUCCGGGAAAAACUUACCGAAUUCGUGUACAUAAUGUCGGAGUAUCAACAAGUCUGAAUUUCAGGAUCCAGAACCAUAACUUACUUCUAGCUGAGACUGAGGGAUCUUAUACAGUGCAACAGAACUAUACUAGCUUAGAUAUUCAUGUUGGACAAUCUUAUUCUUUUCUGAUAACCAUGGAUCAGAACGCAAGUACAGAUUACUACAUAGUAGCAAGUGCCAGGUUUGUGAAUGAAUCACUUUGGCAAAGAGUCACUGGAGUUGCUAUCUUGCACUAUACAAAUUCAAAGGGCAAGGCUAGUGGUCCUCUCCCGGAUGCUCCAGAUGAUCAAUAUGACAAAACUUACUCAAUGAACCAAGCAAGAUCCAUCAGAUGGAAUGUCUCAGCAAGUGGUGCUCGUCCUAACCCGCAGGGGUCUUUCAGAUAUGGUUCCAUCAAUGUGACUGAGAUUUAUGUAUUAAAAAAUAAGCCACCAGAGAAUAUUAAUGGGAAGCGGCGAGCAACACUCAGUGGGGUAUCUUUUGUCAAUCCUUCCACUCCAAUCAGGCUUGCUGACCAGUACAAACUAAAGGGAGUAUACAAGCUCGAUUUUCCCACCAAGCCUCUAACUGGAUCACCUCGGGUAGAAACAUCAGUAAUUAAUGGGACUUAUAGAGGAUUUAUGGAAGUUAUACUGCAGAACAACGACACCAAGAUGCAUACCUAUCACAUGAGUGGAUAUGCAUUUUUUGUAGUAGGGAUGGAUUAUGGUGAUUGGUCUGAUAACAGCAGGGGCACAUAUAACAAGUGGGAUGGAAUAGCCCGCGCUACAACACAGGUUUAUCCUGGAGCAUGGACGGCAAUUUUGGUCUCCCUCGACAAUGUUGGAGUUUGGAAUCUCAGAACAGAAAACCUUGAUUCGUGGUAUCUUGGUCAAGAAACAUAUGUCAGGGUUUUCAAUCCAGAGGCUAAUAACAAGACUGAACUGCCCAUUCCAGACAAUGCCCUUUACUGUGGUGCCCUUAAUAAAUUGCAAAAGCCUCAAGAUAUUAAUUCAGCUCCAUCAAUCAAUGGGAAUAGAAUGAAGCUGUUAUUCACUUGGUUGAUGUUUGUAUGUGCCUUAAUUCCCAUUCUCCAGUAAAAGCACUUUCUGGUUCAUCCUCUCGUCGUUGCUUUGCCAGAGGUGUCUAGGCUUGUUAGUGAGGUUUGUGGUUGAGUUCUUGGUUUUGUAAGUCUUUGUUUAUAUUAAUCUUGCAGUAAUUUUGACUUGUAUUCUUCCAGUUAGCUUAAAUGCUUGUGGUUCCGGUUUAAUUGAUUGGGACUUGUAAUUCUUUUAAUGCCUAUAAUUGAUGUAGUAAUGACAAUUAUUCACA